AUGUUUUUUCUUAAACAGCUUAAAUCCAGUGUGGUGGCUUCACAAAGGUUUACCAGCGGAUCCUCAUGCAUUUUUCGUUUACCAGCUUCUAAAUCACGAUUUAACCGAUUAUUUUUGACAACUAGAUUUCAAUCAUCGUUAAAAAUUAACCCUAGGAAUGUAACCAGGAGAACUCGUAAUGGCGUCGAGAUACCUCCGUUUCCAAAAAAAAACACCCGAACUCAAAAUAUUUUAGCUGCCUUUGCACUGUCUCUUGCUUUUGGUACCGUUGCCUACAAUCUUCAUGAUCCUUUUAAGGAUAUUGUUGAUGGAAUUUAUUUUUCAAGUAAACGAAUCGGGGUGGUCACUGUCGCUUCGGUACAGGGGUUUUUAAUUUAUAAAUCUCUUCUUUCUAAAAAAUUUGAUUCAGAGGAAGAUCGAGAUAAAGCAUAUUCAGAGGCUCAUCUACAAGCUGCUUUGAUCACCCGCAAUGCACUGGAAAGAAAUGCUGGAAUCUUUAUAAAAAUGGGUCAACAUAUAGCAGCAUUAACAUAUCUAUUCCCCCCUGAGUGGACUGAGACAAUGAUACCGUUGCAAGAUAAAUGUCCUAUUUCUUCGAUUGAAAGUAUUCAUUCCAUGAUCGAAAAUGAUCUUAAUGUUAAAUUUAGUGACAUUUUUGAGGAUUUUGACACAGCACCUAUUGGCACUGCUUCUCUUGCUCAAGUUCACAAAGCACAUUUGAAAGAAACGGGUGAACUUGUUGCAGUAAAAGUACAACAUCCAACUCUUCAACAAUUUGUUCCUCUUGAUAUCCUUAUGACCAGAACGGUUUUUGCUAUGCUUGACUACGUUUUUCCCGAGUAUCCACUUACAUGGUUAAGCGAAGAGCUUCAGUCUUCUAUUUACGUCGAACUUGACUUUACUAACGAGGCUAAAAACUCUCAAAAAACUGCUGAGUAUUUUAAGGAUUAUUAUGAUGUCACAGCCCUUCGUGUUCCCGAAGUUCGUUGGGCAAAUAAACGUGUUUUGACAAUGGAAUAUCUCUCAGGGGGGCGCCCUGACGAUAUCCAAUUUUUAAAAGACCACAACAUUUCCCGAGCCGAUUUAACAGCUUGUUUGGCGCAUGUUUUUAACAAUAUGAUUUUCACUCCUAAUGUAGGUUUACAUUGUGAUCCUCAUGCUGGAAACAUUGCAAUUAGGCCUAUUGAAAAUGCUAAUGAGGGUUCUGGAAUCUGGCGACUUCUUCAAAAAACGUUUGCACCUUGGGCAGCUCCAAGAAAUUUUGAAAUUAUUCUAUACGACCAUGGCCUUUAUCGAGAUGUUCCAACACCUUUGAGACGUGCUUAUGCUCACUUUUGGCUUGCACUAAUUGACAAAAAUGUUGAUUCAAUGAGAAAAUAUGCUAAGGAAUUUGCUGGAAUUAAUGAUGAACAGUUUCGUUUGUUUGCUGCCGCAAUCACUGGUCGGGAUUUUGAUAAUGCCGUACAAAAUGUUAUGUCAAAGCGUUCUGCUGAUGAGAUCCAACGAAUGACCCAUGCUGUUGCACACGAGGGGCUGUUAAGUGAUGUGAUGCGUCUUUUACACAAACUUCCACGUGUUGUUCUACUUAUUUUAAAAACCAAUGACUUGACCCGCUAUUUAGACGAAAAGCUUGACAGUCCUCUGGGACCCGAAAGAACUUUUUUGAUUAUGGCCACCUAUUGUGCUCGUACAGUUUAUGAGGAAGAUCGAGAAGGCAUCUUGAGCAAAUAUCGAAGGUUUGGUAUAACUCGUUAUACCAAGCUUUUUCUUAACUGGUGGACGUAUUUUAAACGACAAAGUCAGUUAAGUAUAUAUGAUUUCUAUGUUUCAUUCAAAGAUCUUUCUCAUGACUGA